GGAGGAUUUACAACUAGCUCGCAAGAGGAGGCAGAAGUUGCAAGGAGGCGGCUGCUAAGACUAGAGCGAGCGCUAGGAGCAGCUGAAAUGAGCUCUCGGAAGUUUCUGUGCGAGGGGAAACCUGGCCAGAGGACCAAGAGAGCUGCCUGAUUGCUGGAUCCCGGCCCUCCUCCGGGACACGAGAUGGGCCAGACUUCAGUCUCCACUCUCUCGGAGGAGGCCAGCGUUGAUGGGAUAGACAAGGUAUCAGUUGCCAACUCAGAUGGGACAAAUCCGGGAUCCCAAACCCCUCCUUUUAAGAGGAAGGGCAAACUUUCAACAAUUGGUAAAAUCUUCAAACCAUGGAAAUGGCGAAAGAAGAAAACAAGUGAAAAAUUUAUAGAAACAUCAGCAGUGCUGGAAAGAAAGAUAUCAACAAGACAGAGCAGAGAGGAGCUAAUAAGAAGGGGUGUCUUAAAGGAAAUAAACGAGCAAGAUGUGGACGCAACAGUGAAUUAUGAAAUCUCCAAUGGUCACACAAUAGUAAUUACAGAAGAGGUCAUACAGGAAGAAAAUGUAAAAACCACAGAAGACAAUAGUUCAUUAUCAGCAAAAGCACCUGCUUCUGAAGAGAAAAAGGAGGAUAAAAAAGAGAAACCUCUUCCUAAAGAUCUUGAAACAUCAGCAGUAUCUGUUUCUCCUCCUCCUCCUCCUCUACCACCACCACCUCCUCCUAAACCUAAGCCUAAAGCUAAAAAAACAACCAUUCCGCCAAAAAAUGCUACUGCUGCUACAACUAGCCAUAAAAUUAAUGAAGUGCCACAUGCUAAAAAAAAGGGCAAGUCUCCUUCCAAGCAGACCUCUGCCCCACCUGCCAAGCCAACAAGCCGCAGUGUGAAUCGAGAAGCUGCUAAUUCCUCUAAUUUAAAGAAAGGACAUGCUUCCAAGUCAUCAUCUCCUUCUUCCACAUCAUCUCGCUCUAAACUUUCUAAAGAGCCAGCAUCAAGCAAAACCGGCACAGGGACUCCCAGGGAUAAGAAGAAGCAUGGGAAACAGGUGACGACACGAACACCAUCUGAUGGGGACAUUACUUCUGCCUCCAGCACGGCAGUAGAGAACUCAGAGACCAAAGCAGAACUCUUUAAAUCAGAAGAGUCUCUCCAUGUUAUUCCUGAAGCUGGAGACACAACCCAGAACAGCACUGUGACUGUUCCUCCCCCUCCUCCUGCUGUUCCGCCUCCUCUUCCUCCAUCCAUCCCAUCUCUGUCUCCAGGCUGUGAGCCCACUGGCUUCUCAGGCACACAACAUGUGCCAGUUAGCAUUGAAGUAGGCCCGUCUGUUCCUGGCACACAUUUUAAUGAUCUUCAUAUAAAAACUGAAGCAGACAGUGAAAGCUCUUCAAGCAGUGCUGUCUUAGACAAUAGCCUGGAGAUUGGGGGAGAAGACACAGAAUGUUCUGUUAUCAAAGAAGAUCAGGAAAAGGAAAACCCUGAGCAAAGUGGUCCUCUUCUGACAGAGGAACCUUCUGAAGAUGCUCUAGAAAUUGAAAACAGCAAAAAUAAUCAUACCAGUGACUCAGAUUCAGAUGGGCCUAUACUUUACACGGAUGAAGAUGAAGAUGAGGAUGAGGACGCAAGCAGUGAAAGCUCUUUAGCAAGUAAAAUACAUCGUAGGGAUACUCUUGCAAUCAAACUUGGCAACAGGCCAUCCAAAAAAGAACUGGAAGACAAAAACAUCUUACAGAGAACAUCUGAAGAAGAGAGACAGGAAAUCAGACAUCAGAUCGGCACAAAACUAGUGAGAAGGCUUAGUCAACGACCCACCUCUGAAGAACUAGAACAAAGAAACAUCCUGAAACAAAAGAAUGAAGAAGAAGAACAAGAAGCUAAAAGAGAACUGAAGCGCAGUCUCAGCCGAAAGCUUAGUUUGAGACCAACAGUGGCUGAACUUCAGGCAAGAAGAAUCUUACGUUUUAAUGAAUAUGUGGAAGUUACAGAUUCACCAGAUUAUGAUCGACGUGCUGAUAAACCCUGGGCAAGAUUAACACCUGCAGAUAAGGCAGCAAUACGGAAAGAAUUAAAUGAAUUUAAAAGCACAGAAAUGGAAGUACAUGAAGAAAGUAGACAGUUUACAAGGUUUCAUCGUCCUUAAGUGUUGCAAAUACUGUGUUGUUGAGAUACAACUAUCUUUGAAAUGAAAAUACUCUGUUGUUGAGACACCACUAUCUUUCCUGAGGAAAGCACUGCAUCUUGAAGCCCAGAGUACAUCACAACUGAAAUGUCUGCAGCAUCUUAAACUGAAGUUACUGAACGUUGUGGUCCUCAUAUUUAACAAAAAGAGACAGCUAGAAGAGAUACAGAAAGGAAUAUAAAAAUAGCCAUGUAAUAUGAAUGUUUACUAACUUUUGAAUAAAAAAAUCUUACUGUUUUUUUCCUUACUAAUAGUUGGCUGGGGAGAACUGAAAAUGGCUGUUGACAGGAAGGAACCAGAAUCCACUUUCAAGUAGGAUGGGAACAGACAUAGCUGAACUGUUAUUUAUGGGCCAACUGAAAUACUUAGAAUAAAAUUUAUAUUCUUCGUGAAAGUAAGUUUAUACUAUAUUAAGAAACUGUAUUACUACAGCAACAUAAAAAACUAGGAAUGUGAGCAAUUCUUUCUGCUUUUUCAGAAUCUGCUUUUUGUAAGCCAGGUGGAAAAUUGCCAAUUCUACUUCUCACAAACAGUACAGGAAUUUGGUGUAAUAUCAGUGAAUUCGGCAGUAAUUAGUCUUAGUACAAUCACAAUCAUGUUUAUGAUUGUAUGAUUAUGACAGUUGUGCUUUUAAAAUGUUCAUUGGAGGUUGCAGUUUUGAGUACAACUAGAUUAUGUGAGUGUAUCUUUAUUAGCACAAAACUGUUGAGUGUAUCUUUAUUAUUUAGCACUGCAACGCAAAUUAUUUUUUAAAAAAUCUGAUAAAUUUAAAAGAAGCACCAAGGAUUUUCCAUAAUCAUGAAUCAAUUUGAAAACUCUGUUUAGGAAAGAAAAAAAAUGUGAGACAAUAAGAAUGCUGUGAAAAGAACUGAUAACCUUUAAUCUUGCUUAAGGAGACAGUACGGAUAAUCAGAUUCUGAAGUCAAACUCAAAAAAUAAACAAAGAAGCUUAUCAAAUAGACUUGAACACUCCCCCCCCCUUUUUUUGACAGUCUGAGGUAUGUUUAAUUGGUCCUUAGAUGAGGGUGAACAAUGUAAGAUCAAGAGGCUGAUUGGUACUGAAUCAGCCAGGAUUUACUUGUAUCAGAAUAGGAAGGGUCAUGACAGGAGUUUUCCCAGGGGAAAAAAACUGGCAAAUCACAUAGAAUAAAUUGGUAUGGCAUUGCCAACAUGUUUGGGAUUAUAGGAAAACUUCAUUAUAACAGACUAAUAUGAGAGAAGGGGGUGUCAUUUACACUAAAAUGUCUGUUUGAAGGCAAAUGGGAGUUUAUGCAUGGGUAAAAUAUCAAUAUGCAUACAUACAAUGGCACAUGGAUUUUUGUUCAAUCUGAAGUCCUCUAAACCAAGUCCAGUUAGUUGAAGUUUUACUGUAUCUGCAAAGAAAACUGUUACAGACACAAGCCUUCCCUGCACUGAGCACACCACCUGCACAUGGACAGAUUCCUAAUGUAACAGUGCUUUGUUUCUCUUCCUUUGCCUCCUUGACAUCACACCAGUCAGCCUGGGGAAUAGGAGUCCUGCCCACAUUUAUUUUUGUUCAAUCUAUCAUUCCACUGUGGAGAGGAGAGGGAUAACAGGGAUGCCCAAAAGGAAUAGUUUUUCCAUUCCCCAAAGCACCUGUUGUACUGAACACCUCUGCGCUAAGGAGGCAAAGGGACAAAGCAGAGCAUCAUUAUAUGAUAGAAAGACCCCUUACCACAGAGUCCGGGAGCCUUUGGCCUCUCCCACUGCAACUGUUGUUAGCCUAGAAUUUGAAACAUGCCUUGAUGAUGGCGGCUAGGAGUAUUCGAUGUUGUAGUUUAGCAACAUUUGGAAUGAUUCAAGUUUUGUCCUUUGGCUUAGCAAGUGGAUGACACACUUUUAUGGGAAAGGGACUUGCUGCUGUAGAUAAACCUAUUAAAUCUUCAUUAAGGACCGAGAAAACUAUAAAAAGGGGCUUGAAACUUACAGACUCUGUUGUGUGUGAAUAUGUGGAGCAAAUGGUCUACUUUUAUAUUAUCUGUAACUGUAUUUGUGAAUAUCCAAUUAGUUCAACAGUAAAAGGUGGUAUAAAAGGCAGUAUGUGCUUUAUUAUGUUGGCUUGUUAUAAGCCUAUGACAUUGUUUACACUAAAAAUUGUCUUAUAUUAGCACUUAUUUAUCCUUUUAAUGUACACGGUGAAAUUUCAGGACCUGAAAUACACAAGGGCAUGUAUUGCAGUAUUACAAUAUAUAUGUGCUAUUUAUCCUUUUUAAAGUAUGUACAUACUACCAUGUAUUUUUGUCCAUGUGUUCUCUUUAGUUCUUAAUUAUAAAAGAUAUGUAUUUUUUUCAGCAAUAAAUGAUCUCUGUCAUGA